AUGGCCAUCGUUGGAAUUGUCGCGUUCUUCCAGACCGGACUCCAAGCUACCUCGUCCUCAGAACCCUCGCCAGAUCCAUCGGUGGCGCUGCAGGCGGUAGCUAGUCUAGCACGGAAUGUGUUUCUAGCACAGGGCGCAUCCGCGGUGGGUGUACUAGGAUUCUUCUUCAACCUGGCAUACUUCUUGAUCCUCCUUUGGCGAGACCACAAAAUCUCCAGCGACAGCUCUCGCAGCGCGUACUUCAAACGUAAAGUUGCCGUUUUGGUUGGCGUUGUCUUAGCUUGUGGCUUUGUGAUCGGAGACAUUAUACUGGCUUCGAUUCAGGGUGUGAAUGGCAAGACUCAGGCAGUUGGGUUGGUCGCCGUGUGUGCCAUUGCUGGGUUCCUGAUGGUCAUUGCUAUCAUUGCCGACGUUGUUAAGCUAUGUGUCCUGGAUGGGGGACAAGAGAAGUCAUUGAGAGAUACAGUGAGCAAUCAGCAGGAGGCGUAA